AUGGGUUCCCCUAGUUCCUCGUCCAUCGCAAAUUAUUACUACAGAGAGUUUUUAGCGGAUGAUUGUGAAUCCACUGAUGAGGAGGUCGAGCAAGAGGCGGUAACGAGUGCUUGUCAACUAGCGGUGCGAUAUGCGAAGCAUUGUAGCCGGCCCGAACGUGAAGUUAAAACAAGAGAUUAUAUUGAACGAGACCGACGUGCGGCAAACGAUCAGUUGAUGCAAGAUUAUUUUGAUGAAGUGCCAACAUUUCCGAACCCAGAAGUUUUUAGGUGUCGUUUCCGAAUGAGUAAGCGUUUGUUUCUAGGCAUCGUCGACGACUUGGAAAACAACUUCGAUUAUUUUAAACAAAAAGCGGAUGUGAAAGGGACACUUGGAUUCACUGGUAUCCAAAAGUGUACGUCGGCGCUACGAGUCCUUGCUUACGGAAACACGACCGACAUCAACGACGAGUAUUUAAAUAUGGCCGAGAAAACAACGCAAGACACCUUGAAGCAUUUUUGUCGCGGUGUUAUAGAUCUGUACGGUGCGCGUUAUCUGAGAACGCCCACAUGGGACGACCUUCAAAAGAUUUACGAGGAAUAUUCUAUUGAGCAUGGUUUGCCUGACGAAGGAAAGGCGAUAUGCCAGAAUUAUGUACCGGAAGCCGUUCAGGAGGAGCAUCCGCAGACGUCAAUGGAAGAAAGAGUGAAUAAUGCACGAGAAUUGCGUUGCGAACCGUACCAUUCCGCGUUAACGGUUGAUUUGGUACAACACACAUGCUCGGUUCGGUAUAUCCCACCUGAGGGUGAAGAAGAAACGGAGGACGAGGAAGACGAAGUUGGCGAGGAUGAAGAAUUCGAAGACGAAAAUUAA